AUGAAUAACCAGGAAUAUAAGUUAACUAGAAAAUCAUAUGAAAAGCCUUUGCCAGAAAGAAUACCCACAAACGUGAAUAUUCAAGCAACAGAUGGAUUUCAUGAGAAGAGUUCAAAAGUCCUCAGAAAUAAAUCACUAUGAGUAAAGAAUAGAGCUAAAAGACAUCUUUAUAAAAAUAAAGUUUUCAAAGGAAAUCUAAAAACUCCUAAAUCAAAAGCCCUGAUAAGUCCAUGUCAUAGAAGAGAGAAGUCUCUGAACCUUUCCCAGUUGGGGAACCCAACUGGGAAAAAGCUGGACUCUACUUUUAAGGCAAGAUCAGGGAGUCUGCUAAAGGAUCAGAUUGAGAAAUUUGAGCAAAAUAGUUUGAAUUCCCCCAAGAAACAGAGAAAUCCACUGCUACUUCUACAAAACUUGACAAGAGACAAAAUUUUACUAGAAAAGAUCAUCGCUUGCAUAACAGAUUGAAUUGAGCAAGGUAUCCCUCCAAGCAGUGUUGAAGAAUGAUUAGCCAACAUGGAGUCCCAUGCUGAUGGAGAUUCCAUAAUAAAAUAAACUUAUUCUCGAAAACGUGAUUUGGGAUAACAUUUACGAAAUAUCUACAGACUACAAUGAUAUUUCCAAAGAAAUGAUAGGCUUGUGCGAUAGUAUAACUGAUCAAGAAGUCAAUAUUGAUAAUUUCAGAACCUUCUGUGACUUUUACAAAGUAUAUCCAGAAUAUGUCAAUCCAUCAGUUGAGAUUCCUCAGAAAAAGCUUAAAAAUAUAACAAAGGAUACUGAAUUUCUGAAGAAUACUUCCUUUGAUGAGUCUACCUUUUUUGAUGCUCAAGUGCCAACAGUUAAAGUGAAAGAGAAAUAAGAAAAAGUCGAUCUUUAGAAAAUUUGAAAAUGGUGAAAUCCAGCAGCUCAAAGUUAGUUACUCAACAGAUGCAGAUAAUGGACUUGCAGAAUCCAUUAUUGGUGAAAGUAAUGAGCUUGGACCAUUUCAUUCUUCUGAGCUCCGACCACAAUUUAAACAUAGAGGUGAGAAGUCAUUUGAUAUUCCAAGAUAUCAGAAUAAGAGUGUCAAUUUUGGGUUUACCGAGAAUACUCCAAUUUAUUCUAAAAGAGUCCACGAUGUAAAUUUUAACUAUCAACUUGGUAAAUUUUGUGAUCAUUUCUAGAAAGUCAUUAUAUAAAGAAUCCAAUGGAAAUUAAUAUCAUGAGAAACGAGAAAAUUAGGGAGAAAUUAUCUCAGACUAGGAAGCAGUCUAAAAUUCUUGAUAACACUAAAAGCUUUACUGCAAAAGACAUGCUGACUCAAUUCACUAACAAAAGACAGCUAUAAGCUUCAAAUCUAGCCCUUUAAAGUUGUUUACUCAUUAACAUAUAGAUAUAAGAUUAGUAAAGAAGACUCCUUAGCAAAAGUUGAGAGACUACAUAAAUAAAAUUGCCUCCAGGCUAAAUGCCCAAGCAAUCCAAAUCCCAGACAAGAACAGAAGCUUAUUAACCAAAUCAAUGAUAAUUCCUGACUCCUCAGCCAUCUCCCAAAGCCCUAGUCCAAAACAAAUCAGCCCAAAUUUCAAAACACACCAACUUCCCAUCCUUCCCAAAAACGCUGCACAGAUCUCCCACUGCCCAAAUUUUCCCAAAAAACCGACUCACUUCUCCAAGCCAACCUCCCCAACCCCCGAUCAUCCAACCUGUAUUGAGACUUCUUCCCAAAAUCUCCUUGAUUCUCUCACCCCAAUUUCU